CCUCCAUGUGGGAGCUAGAGCUCUAUAAGUAAACACUCGGCGCGGCGCAGACAAGGCUUCUUCCUAUUUGUGAGGCAGGGGCUGCGGUGGCGGCGGCGCCUCCAACUAGUUCCGGUUUCCUUCCCUCCUCAGCUCCUCUGGGAGGGCGCGCGGUCUAGGAGUCGCCGCCGCCGCCGCCUCUGGGGCCCGGCGUCUGGUCGGUCUGCCUCGCUUGUGUGCACGCUCGCCCGCCGGCCGCGGACAGUCAGAGCGGCCGGGAAAGCGGCGCGGGCCGGGCGGGGCGCGGCGCCCCGAGCGCAGGGGGAGACAAAGCGGGGCCGGCCCCCUCUCCCGGCGCCAAGAUGUGGAUCCAGGUUCGCACCAUCGACGGCUCCCAGACGCGCACCAUUGAGGACGUGUCUCGCAAAGCCACAAUCGAGGAGCUGCGCGAGCGGGUGUGGGCUCUGUUCGACGUGCGGCCCGAGUGCCAGCGCCUCUUCUACCGGGGCAAGCAGUUGGAAAAUGGAUAUACUUUAUUUGACUAUGAUGUUGGACUGAAUGACAUAAUUCAGCUACUAGUUCGCCCAGACCCUGAUCUUCCUAGCACAUCAAAACAGACCGAUGUACAGGCCAAACCCUGUUCUAACAGUCCACCUAAAGUAAAGAAAACUUCACGGGUGGGAAGUUCCAGUCAGCCAUCAACAUCAACUCGUGAUUUUCUUGUUGAUCCUGGCAUUGGAAUAUAUAAGGUAAAUGAAUUGGUGGAUGCCAGAGAUGUCGGCCUUGGUGCUUGGUUUGAAGCACGUAUACAUAGUGUUACUAGAGCUUCUGAUGGACAUUCACGUGGCAAAACUCCACUGAAGAAUGGCAGUUCUUGUAAAAGGACUAAUGGAAAUGUAAAUCAUAAUUCCAAAGAGAACACAAAUAAAUUGGACAAUGUACCCUCUACGUCUAAUUCAGACUCUGUUGCUGCUGAUGAAGACGUUAUUUAUCAUAUCGAGUAUGAUGAACUUACUGUAUACAUAGAGUAUUUAUACAGGCAUACCUUGGAGAGAUUUGCGGGUUUGAUUCCAGACUACCGCAAUAAAGCAAAUAUUGCUAUAAAAUACCCAGAAAGUGGUACUGUAGAAAUAAAUGUCAAGGAUCUUCGACCACGAGCUAGAACCACUUUGAAAUGGAAUGAACUAAAUGUUGGUGAUGUGGUAAUGGUUAACUACAAUGUAGAAAAUCCUGGUAAUAGAGGAUUUUGGUUUGAUGCAGAAAUCACUGCUUUGAAGACAAUCUCAAGGACCAAAAAAGAACUUCAUGUGAAUAUUUUCUUGGGGGGUUCCGAAGGAAAAUUAAAUGACUGCCAGAUAACAUUCGUAAAUGAAAUCUUCAAGAUUGAGAAACCUGGAGCCCAUCCUCUUUCAUUGGCAGAUGGAAAGUUUUUAAGGAAAAAUGACCCUGAAUGUGACUUUUGUGGUGGAGACCCAGAUAAGAACUGCCGUUCUUGCUCCUGUCGUAUAUGUGGUGGAAAACAGGAACCCAACAUGCAGCUUCUGUGUGAUGAAUGUAACAUGGCCUAUCAUAUUUACUGCCUGAAUCCACCUUUGGAUAAGGUCCCUGAAGAGGAGUACUGGUAUUGUCCUUCCUGUAAAACUGAUUCCAGUGAAGUUGUAAAGGCUGGUGAAAGACUCAAGAUGAGUAAAAAGAAAGCAAAGAUGCCAUCAGCUAGUACUGAAAGCCGGAGAGAUUGGGGCAGGGGAAUGGCCUGUGUUGGUCGCACUAGAGAGUGUACUAUUGUUCCUUCUAAUCAUUAUGGACCUAUUCCUGGGAUUCCUGUAGGAUCGACUUGGAGAUUUAGAGUUCAGGUGAGCGAAGCAGGUGUCCAUAGGCCACAUGUUGGUGGGAUUCAUGGUCGAAGUAAUGAUGGGGCUUAUUCUCUUGUCCUGGCUGGUGGAUUUGCAGAUGAAGUAGACCGAGGUGAUGAAUUCACAUACACUGGGAGUGGUGGUAAAAAUCUUGCUGGUAAUAAAAGAAUUGGCGCACCAUCGGCUGAUCAAACAUUAACAAACAUGAACAGGGCAUUGGCCCUAAACUGUGAUGCUCCAUUGGAUGAUAAAAUUGGAGCAGAGUCUCGGAAUUGGAGAGCUGGUAAGCCAGUCAGAGUGAUACGCAGUUUUAAAGGGAGGAAGAUCAGCAAAUAUGCUCCUGAAGAAGGCAACAGAUAUGAUGGCAUUUAUAAGGUGGUGAAAUACUGGCCAGAGAUUUCAUCAAGCCAUGGAUUCUUGGUUUGGCGCUAUCUUUUAAGAAGAGAUGAUGUUGAACCUGCUCCUUGGACCUCCGAAGGAAUAGAACGGUCAAGGAGACUAUGUCUACGUUUACAGUAUCCAGUAGGUUACCCUUCGGAUAAGGAAGGGAAGAAGACUAAAGGACAGUCAAAGAAGCAGGCCAGUGGAGCCUCAAAAAGACCGACUACAGAUGAUGAUUGUCCAAGUGCCUCUAAAGUGUUCAAAGCAUCGGAUUCAGCAGAAGCAGUUGAGGCUUUCCAACUGACCCCUCAACAACAACGCCUAAUCAGAGAAGAUCAUCAAAACCAGAAGCUAUGGGAUGAAGUGCUUGCAUCACUUGUGGAAGGACCAAAUUUUCUGAAAAAAUUGGAACAAUCUUUUAUGUGUGUCUGCUGCCAGGAGCUAGUUUACCAGCCUGUGACAACAGAUUGCCUCCACAAUGUCUGUAAAGAUUGCUUACAGCGCUCCUUUAAGGCUCAAGUUUUCUCCUGCCCUGCUUGCCGGCAUGAUCUUGGCCAGAAUUACAUCAUGAUUCCCAAUGAGAUUCUGCAAACUCUACUUGACCUUUUCUUCCCUGGCUACAGCAAAGGACGAUGAUUUGUCUACUUCUACUGUGUGGCUCCCGUUGGCUUUUUGGACAAUAAAGAAUCUAAAAUGAUUGGGGGGUGGGAGGGGAGCAGUGAUGGACCAUAUCUCACGUUCUGAAGCAGCUAAUCCUCUUUCCUACGUAGCCAUCAUCUUGUGUGUGUAGUAAGAGGCCCAUUUCUCAGCUGUCUUUUAAAUAUCAAAAGGUAGUUCUUGUCAGUAACAACUAGUUUUAAUGAGUAAAAAGUUAAAGCCUCAGCUCUAGUUGAUAUCCAAGUUAUGAUUUAUUUUGCAACUACCUCAGGACAGAAAAGAUUUAUGGGGAUUUUUUAAAUCAUUGAAUAAUUAGUUAAAUGAAUUUUAGCUACACACUGCCUCCCAAAUAUUAGUUGUGCCUGGUUCAUGUAAUUUGAUUUUACAGAAAAGAAAAUGACACUUGAGAUUGUUGGAAUGAAUGCAGCUUCUGUAGUGUGCAUAAUACAUUUUUAAUGUCUUCUUCCAUUACAGUGUGUGUUUUGCAGGUUCAUUUUUUAGCCCAUUUUUGUGAACUCCAUUGUGCUUUUUUCUGGUGUUUUAUGCAAGUUGACUACUAAUGACUAAUGAGAACAAUAUGAAUGCAUUGUUGCUGCAUUAGUGUAAUGUGGUGUGGUUUUGCACUUAAAAGAGGUAUUCAGAUGCUCUAGUUGUAAAUGUUCAUGAAAAGCCUCUUCUGUACUAGUCAAACUGCUUUUAGUGAGUCUCACCAGUGGUUUUACAUCUGCAGAGCAUUGAGGACUGGGCUGACUUUUGAGAGGAUUGAAAUUGCUUCAUAUUGUGAUCCUAAAUUUUAUAUUCACUAUAUUCCCUAAAGUAUACCUUAAUAAAUAUUUUAUGAUCAGAAAAAUAGCUCAUCUUGCCUCACUUUUUUACAUUUUUCUGGCUUAUAGUAUGUAUUUCUAAGACUCAGUCAUUUCCAGAAUAUUUCACUUUGUGUUUUUAUUGAAACAGGCAUUUUGCACAAUUUUUUACUCUUGAUUUUUGAUAAUGAAAACUAUGAAAUUUUAAGCGCUAAGGACAGAUUUCACCCUGG